ACGGUGACCAUGGCAACCACCACAGCAUCCUCCAUAGCAACCACCACGGUCACCAUGGCGACCACGAGAAGCAUCACAGUCUCCAUGGCAACCACCACGGUCACCAUGGCGACCACGAGAAGCACGGGGACCAUCAUGAGGGUCUCCAUGGCAACCAUCACGGUCACCAUGGCGACCACGAGAAGCAUCACAGUCUCCAUGACAACCAUCACAGUCACCAUGGCGACCGCGAGAAGCACGGGGACCAUCACGGUGACCAUGGCAACCACCACAGCAUCCUCCAUAGCAACCACCACGGUCACCAUGGCGACCACGAGAAGCAUCACAGUCUCCAUGGCAACCACCACGGUCACCAUGGCGACCACGAGAAGCACGGGGACCAUCAUGAGGGUCUCCAUGGCAACCAUCACGGUCACCAUGGCAACCAUGAGAAGCACGGGGACCAUCAUGAGGGUCUCCAUGGCAACCAUCACGGUCUCCAUGGCGACCACGAGAAGCAUCACGAUCUCCAUGGAAACCAUCACGGUCACCAUGGUGACCACGAGAAGCAUCACGGUCUCUAUGGUAACCAUCACAGUCACCAUGGCGACCACGAGAAGCAUCACAGUCUCCAUGACAACCAUCACAGUCACCAUGGCGACCGCGAGAAGCACGGGGACCAUCACG